GUAGCGCAGACUGGCAGUCAUUUCAGGUCUGGUGGGGCAGUAGUAUAUUUUGUUUCUCAUAAAGUAGGUUCUACCCGCCGAAGACAAUGACACAAACGCAGUAAGUUGGAUUUUGAACGUUGUGUUCUGCUUUAGUAUCGGAGAAGCAGUGUUAGUUUGACAGAAAUGGGUCCUGGUUAGAUGUAGAACAUUCUAGAAACACCGUAGACUGCGGGGGUUUCGAGUCCGGGCAGAAACAGCGCAGCAGCCCGAGGCCGUGAAAGAAGCUUAGCGGCAGCCGCAGAGUGCGCUAAGGAGUCGCCCGCUAUUGUGAGUUCAGGCGGAACUACGACCACGUUAAAGGUUCCCACGCUGCGUUCAGCACCCUAAUUCUGUUCUGGGAGAGUUCAGACCAGUAUCGUCGCCAAGAUAGCCGGGCCAGGCAGGAAGAGGCACACUUCAGAUUCCGAGCCCAGCAGCGGUAGUGAUUCUGGCGACGGGCGGCCGGUUAGCGCUAAGUGCCUGAAGAUGGCCAGCAGCGGGGGGGACCGAGUAGCUGGUAGCGAGACGGCGGGGCGUCGUAGUGGGGCUCAACAACGAGGAGGCGCUAGGGAAAACGGCUCUGAACAGACCAGCAGCACCAGUAAGAAGAAACAGAAGGACAAGGCCAACCAGGAGAGCAGAGAGGCCAAGAGGGCUGCAGCAGCAGCCAAUGCAGCGCUGGAUGGUGUUCUGGCAGAGGUCAAGAAAGAUGUGUUUGUGGACUGGAAGCAGAACGUGAAUGAAGUGACGGUCAGGCUGCGCUGUGGAGACGGGGUGCAGAGGACAGAGGACAUCAACACCACGUUCACCGACACACACUGCAACGUGUCUUUCCCAGAUGGGCGGCAGUGGAGCUGUCAGUUGCAGGAGGAAAUCGAGGCCUCCUGCAGUAAAGCACAGUACAAGGAGAAAGGUGGAUUUCUGCACCUCAUUUUGCACAAGAAGAUUCCGUUUCACAUUUGGCCGUCUCUCAAGUCAAAUAAGAAGGAAAAGGACGUGGCCCGACCAGAGUCCAGAAAUGAAACCAAACCUUCCACCUUGAAGUCAUCAGAGAAAGCCAGAUUAGCUUUAGAGCAGCUGCAGCCUCGGCCUCCCUCAUCACCCGCACACGACGAGCAGAGCCGCAGCGCUGGCAGGCCUGAGCGUGGCUUCAAGCGCUGCUUCAAAAACAAAGCGGGCGACAAGGCGGCCGCGGACUCGGUCCAGGUGAAAAAGGGCUCCGACGACAGCUCGGGCGCCAGCAUCGUGCCAAGGGCAGACGCAAAAGGCGAGCAGCCAUCUCAGGAACACGGUGCCGCACGCACCACUUUGCUGCUGCCCAACAUGAGCAAAGACCCAGAAGGGGAGCCCGCCUCUGAGAGAUCUACUGCAGCUGCUGGUACAAUUCCUCAUCCCAGCUCACACAGACAUGAAGACAACAGAGCAGAGAAAGAGGGAGGCAGCCAGGAAUCUGGAGCACCAGGGGCGGCUGCUGGAGACAGAGCUCAGGUGGAGAAGACAGACGAGUCAAUAGACGUGUCCGAAACAACAAUACCUGGGACUGACGGCCAUCUAACAGCUCCUGACAUCACCGAUCGCUUCCAGAACCCAGCCAAAUCCAACAAGGAACCGGAUUCUUCUCCACAGAUGCCGAGAGACGGAACUGACCUUGAGGUGCAAGGAAAACCCACUGAGCGUGAAUCCCAGCAGGACGCUUUCACAUCCCAGCAGCCUGGGAUAACGGAGAAGCUACCAGAACCAGCUGCCGGUGCAGCUCACAGGCAGAGUCAAUCAGCAGGUCUAACGCUGAAGUCAAGCAGUUGUGACGGAGAGGAGAAACGGGACCAGUCAAAGGAAGAGCCCACUCUGGAGAUGAUGCAACAGGAAGCCCCAGAGCCGAUGGUCAACCUGCCGUUGGUGAAAAACGACUCGUACGAGAAGGGCACAGACCUGAUGGUGGUCAACGUUUACAUGAAGGGAAUCUGCAGGGAAACAGCCAGGGUCAUCUUCAGAGAGCAGGACUUCACCCUCAUCUUCCAGACAAGCGAUGCGAACUUUCUUCGGCUUCAUUCAGGCUGUGGGCCAAACACGUUGUUCAAGUGGCAAGUUAAACUCAGGAACCUGAUCCAGCCAGAGCAGUGCAGCUACUCCUUCACCCCGUCCCGCCUGGACAUCACCCUGAAGAAGAGACACAGCCAGCGCUGGGGCGGCCUGGAGGCCCCGGCCUCACAAGGUGCAGUGGGUGGUGCUAAGGUUGCUGUGCCCUCCAGCCCCACCUGCAUGGAGAAAAGCCAGCCAGGCAGCAGUCAGCACAGCCUCCCAGCCAAGGAGGAGCCCCCGAGGGUUGGAGAGGAGCCCACCAAGGCGCCCAAGGCAUCUCCCAGAGGAGUGGAGGAAACGAGUCUGGAUACCGUAGCUCCCCGCCCCGUCUCUGAGCACGUUAACAUCACCAAGGCGGAGCCCACAGUAACCAUGCCUCAGCCCAAGCCUACUUGCAUGGUGCAGCCCAUGACCCAUGCACCACCUGCUGCUAACGAGUGCCACGAGGAAGAGGAGGAGAAGAAGGUGUGCCUGCCUGGAUUCACAGGACUGGUUAACCUGGGCAACACCUGCUUCAUGAACAGCGUCAUCCAAUCCCUGUCCAACACCAGAGAACUCAGGGAUUACUUCCAUGACCGAGCGUUUGAAUCCGAGAUCAACUGCAGUAAUCCACUGGGAACCGGAGGCAGGCUGGCCAUCGGUUUUGCUGUUCUGCUCAGGGCUCUGUGGAAAGGGACUCAUCAUGCCUUCCAACCAUCAAAAUUAAAGGCAAUCGUGGCCAGUAAGGCCAGCCAGUUCACAGGUUAUGCUCAGCACGAUGCGCAGGAGUUCAUGGCGUUCCUCCUGGACGGACUCCACGAGGACCUGAACCGGAUCCAGAAUAAACCCUACACCGAGACGGUGGACUCUGACGGACGUCUUGAUGAGGUGGUUGCAGAGGAGGCAUGGCAGCGACACAAGAUGAGAAAUGACUCGUUUAUCGUGGAUCUGUUCCAAGGCCAGUUUAAAUCCAAGCUAGUGUGCCCCACAUGCUCCAAGGUCUCCAUCACCUUUGACCCCUUCCUGUACCUCCCAGUCCCGUUGCCACAAAAACAAAAAGUGCUCUCUGUUUUCUACUUUGCUAAAGAACCUCAUAAAAAACCAAUCAAGUUUCUGGUUAGUGUGAGCAAGGAGAACUCCAGCACUGCUGAGGUUCUGGAAUCUAUCUCCAGGAGUGUGAGGGUCAAGUCUGAGAACCUCAGACUGGCGGAGGUGGCGAAAAAUCGCUUCCAGCGCAUCUUCCUGCCGUCCCAUUCUCUGGACACCGUGUCGCCAUCUGAUAUGUUGUUCUGUUUCGAGGUGCUUUCCAAAGAUCUGGCCAAAGAACGAGUGGUGCUGCUCAGAGUGCAGCAGAAACUCCAGGUGCCCAGCAUCCCCAUCUCAAAGUGCGCUGCCUGCCUGAAACCUCCAGUGUCCGAGGAAGACAAACUGAAGCGGUGCACCCGCUGCUACCGAGUGGGCUACUGCAAUCAACAUUGUCAGAAAACUCACUGGCCCAGUCACAAGAGUCUAUGUCGUCCCAACUCUGAGAACGUAGGCCUGCCAUUCCUUGUUAGCGCCCCAGAGUCCCGCCUGUGCUACGCCCGCCUCGCCCAGCUGCUGGAGGGUUACUCCAGGUUUUCUGUAAACGUAUUCCAACCCCCGUUCCAAUCAGGCAGAACGUCUCCUGAAACACCCCAGUCCCGGUUAGACGCACUGCCAAUGGCGCUCGGCUCUCCUGACGGUGCUGGAGCCGGAGACGAGGCCAGGGGGGCGGGCGGUGAUGUACAGGCUGGUGAUGCUGACUUGGAGAGCCCUUCUCUGCCGCCUGAGCUCCAGGGGGAAUACAGCCAGGCGUCGGCGAUCCACUCCGAGGCGUCGGGUUCCUUCUCCCUCUCCAGCACCCGGACUAAAGACUCUGGGUUUUCCGAGUCCGUUUCCUCCACUUCCUGCUGCUCUCUGGACCCUCAGGCCGAGAAAGAGACGACAUGUGAGAAAGCGGUGCGGCCAGAAGCUGCAGUAACAGGGUACCAACAGCCAAGCGAUGCAUCAUCUGGUCAUGCCAGUCAGUUCUACAUCGGUCUGCUGGACUCGAACAACAAGGAGCAAAGGCUGGACGAGAAAGAGGAUGCGCUCGCGGACGUGGUAGAUGAUGCGACCUUGGAGCUGGUGUGGAAGAACAACGAGCGUCUGAAGGAGUAUGUGCUGGUCAGCUCUAAGGAGCUGGAGUACGACGACGACCCCAGCUCCAUGAGCGAGACGGCCAGAGCAGGACAUUUCACCCUGGAGCAGUGCCUCAAUCUCUUCACCAAGCCUGAGGUGUUGGCACCUGAAGAGGCCUGGUACUGUCCAAAGUGCCAGCAGCACCGAGAGGCCUCCAAGCAACUCCUGCUGUGGCGUCUGCCGAACGUUUUGAUCAUCCAGCUCAAACGUUUCUCCUUCAGAAGCUUCAUCUGGAGGGACAAGAUCAAUGACAUGGUCGACUUUCCUGUCAGGAACUUGGAUCUGAGUAAGUUCUGCAUUGGCCAGAAGGACGAGAUGCAGCAGGCCCCCAUCUAUGACCUCUAUGCAGUCAUCAACCAUUACGGAGGGAUGAUUGGAGGACACUACACAGCGUACGCUCGCCUGCCCAGUGACAAGAACAGUCAGCGCAGUGAUGUUGGGUGGCGACUGUUCGACGACAGCACCGUGACAAUGGUGGAGGAGAGCCAGGUGGUGACGCGUUACGCCUACGUCCUCUUCUACCGCCGCAGGAACUCCCCCGUGGAGAGGCCACCACGCUUCCUCUCUCCUGGAGCCGAGUCAGCUACAGCCACAGGAGCCUCUGCCAGCCAGGCCUCUCUAAUAUGGCGGGAACUGGAGGAGGAAGACGAGGGGCCCGACGAAGGGCCUCGCGGACUGUUCCGCUCCGCGCUCCGAAGCCGACAAGCACAGAGGAACAGAGGCGAGGAAGAGGCAGGCGCACGCCGCCGCCGCAGGCACAAGAUGUCAGAUUAUCCCGACGAAGACUGCGUGCGAUAUCUAGUGGUGGCCACGCUCACUGCAGUCAUCGCUCUCUUUGUUAACCUAGUUUAUCCCUUUCUAUACAAAAUCAGAUGAACCUUUUAAUAAUAAUGCUUUCAAAUAAGACAAAUACCUUUCUAAUAACAGGUAUUUGAAACGAAGAUUGCACUACACGCUUUCUGAAAGGAUUCUAUGGGACUAUGGUAGAUGUUUCAGUAAUAAACGAGAAGCAGUCUUAUAGUCGAGGCUAAGGUAGAUGUAUAGCUUUAAAACUGCAGAAUGUAACUUUUGUUAAAAAAAAGAAGUUAUUUACAUAUUUGUUAAAACUGUCACUAAGUCCUGACAGUACACUGUGUGUCAGAAAGCUUAUGAAAAGAUUGAUGUCCUUUGCCUCCUCCCUGAGCUACUGUUGCCAUCUAAAGAAACAACCAAUCAAUCAGACCCAGAAGGAGUCUCUCAGCGCUGUCAGUCAGCCUCAUGUAUUCACUGCUCAGUCUGCUAAUGGCUGAUAAACAGCUUACUAUUACUGGAAAGUCCUUUAUCCACUGUCAUUGGUGGCUAUGCCAACUAUCCUUAGCAUUCAUUACAGGCUAUGCUAGCUGCAGCGUAGCAGAGAGUGGGGUAAGAGGCCUGUGCAUGAAAAUGAUUGGCACUGCUAAGGCCCGCCUCCUGACUCUCAUUGGUUGCUUCUAGGUAACGAUUGGAGAAGACAGGGGGGCUUCGUGACUCAUGCUAUACUGUCAUGGCAAUGAUAGUUUCCAAAAAUAAAUAAUAUAUACCGGUGUGUAUAUAUAAAGUUACAUUCUGCAGGUUUAAUAAGCCCACUCUUUACUAAGUCAUUUGAGGUCAGUAAUUAUUAUUACCUGGAGCAGACUUGAUUAGCUAAAAGCUGUGGAACUUUCUAGUUGAUUCUUCCGGAUUGGGAACCAGUAGUUUGUCUGUGAGGCUUUUGUGGGUCAGUGACAUUAGGAGGGCUAAUUAGACUGAAGUAAGGAAGCUAGCCUGAAGCCAGCUGCUGCUGCUGCUGCUGCUGAAGGAAACCUUCAUUUCUCUGCACAAGGCUCCUUCUGUGAAGCAGCAGCCUGAAGGCUCUUUCCUCCUGAUCCAUGAGCAACCUGGUUCUUGUCUGAUUUAUUCAGUGGAUUUAGUUUAAAACGUCCUUUUCUGUCUCUUUUAAUGUUGUAUUUUACAUGUCCUGUAUGUUUUCUGCACUGUAAUGUUUUUUUUUAUGUAAUAAUCUAGGCAUGGGCUGGGCUGGUAUGUUCGAAAUGCCACAGCAUAAAUAUUUCAACUCAAACUGUUUAAGUUCCUUCUUAAUGGAUGUAGAUGAUCUGAAGAUGAAGCUCUGACUGAAACCACUGUAGUGAGCAGAGGAUGCUCAUGAUUUACCUGCCAUGUUUCUCUGUUUUCUCCUUUAGCUGAAUUUAGCUUUUCAAAAUUUUGUGUUCAGCAACAGGUGGAGGAGGAGCAGUGCUGUUACCUUAAUUCCAGAAACUAUCCCAUGCCUAAUAGCAGCUCAGUACGUCUUUAUUUGUUUGAUGUAUUUUUACAUGAAAUAUUUAAAGCCACAAACAUACUUUGCAUUUUGGAAUGAAGUGUAGUAAGCAAUAUUUUUUUUUUUAGUCAAAGCUGCAGAAUUAAGCUUCAAAUUUCAGAAUUCUGUUCCCUUCUGACUAUAUAUUUUCGUUGUAUUUUAAAGCACUAUGAGAAAUUGUACCUAUAUAUUUUGAAGAAAAUUUCUUUUGUAACAAAGUAUGUAUAUAUAUAUAUAUUUUAAUGUAAUCAAAUUGAAUUUAAUUUAUAAAUUGAAAAAUGACAGCAAUAUCGCCAUUUUUCACAGUUCUGCCUUCUUUCUUUAUGCAGACGGGUUUUUAAAAAAUGAUUUUCUUGUUUUCUGAGAGCAUUUGUGAGUCUCAGGGAAAGUCGUACUAAAGCAGCAUUAGAUGGUCUGUUAUCCUCGAAUGUUUUCUUAUAAAUUAAAAUUAAGGUAUAUGAAUGCUUUACUCUGAUAUAUGCAAUGCGUCCCGUUUUAAUGUGCGUUUAACUUAGACGUGAUGUUGAGCUUGAUGUGAAGAGGUAUGAGGAAGGCUGCAAUAUCCUCAUGCAGGGAGCACAAUCACUACUGUUCUGACCUGAAAUGAUCCAGAGUUGAUCAAGACUGAAGGAAUCUGAUUUAGUAGUUUUAAGCCACCUGUAACGUAAUUAAAAUCAAAGGAAUGUCUUUUCAUUUCCUUCCAGUACUGUAUUAAAGCUGCUUUUUAAAUAAAUCCACACUACAACCUUGA